AUGCAUGCUUCAAGUAGUCGAUCACCGAUGGAACAUGGGGAAAACUUUGAUCUUAUUAGUGAGAUGGUGGACGAUGCUUUUGGUGUGAACGCUACCUAUGACAAACCUGUAAAUUUUUAUAGGGAAGAGUUGUUGAAUGAGGAAGCGCAAAGAUUUUAUCAAUUGUUGAAUGAGAUGAAUACGUCAUUGUUUGAGGGGUCGUCAGACUCAAAUUUAUCAAUGUGUGUGAGAUUAUUGCCUGCCAAGUCAAAAUGGAAUGUUCAUGAUUAG